ACAACGAUGAUGUUGUCUCGGGCCCCCACACCACCACCGAUGGAAUUUUUGUGUCCAAUGGCCGAAAGCUGGUGCUAUACCCAAGUGAAAGUGAUAAAGUUUUCGUACAUAUGGACGAUAAAUAAUUUUAGCUUCUGUCGAGAAGAGAUGGGCGAGGUCCUAAAAAGUUCCACAUUCUCCGCCGGGGUCAGCGAUAAAUUAAAAUGGUGUUUACGUGUAAAUCCAAAAGGACUGGAUGAGGAGAGUAAGGAUUAUUUAUCCUUGUACCUGCUGCUUGUUGCGUGCAACAAAUCGGAAGUCAGGGCCAAGUUUAAAUUCUCCAUUCUAAAUUCUAAGAGGGAAGAGACCAAGGCUAUGGAGAGCCAAAGGGCAUACAGGUUUGUCCAGGGCAAAGAUUGGGGUUUCAAGAAGUUUAUAAGAAGAGAUUUCUUGAUGGAUGAGUCUAAUGGACUGCUGCCAGAUGAUAAAUUAACUAUCUUUUGUGAGGUCAGUGUAGUCGGUGACACGGUUAAUUUGACUGGCCAAUCAAGUUUGAACCCUGUAAAAGUACCCUCGUGUCAGCUGAGCGACGACAUGGGCCAGCUGUUUGAAAGGUCAAACUUUAGCGACUUCACACUCUGUGUCGGGGAGAGGAUGUUUCACGUUCAUAAAGCUAUUCUUGCUGCUCGGUCGGCUGUCUUCAACGCCAUGUUUGAACACGAGAUGAAAGAACGGAAGCAGAACAAAGUGGAUGUCCCGGACGUUGACCCCGAGGCAAUGGCCGAGUUACUGAGGUACAUCUACACCGGCAAAGCCCCCAAUCUCAACAAGAUGGCCGACUAUCUUCUGGCCGUUGCCGAUAAAUACGCCCUGGACAGAUUGAAAGUGAUGUGUGAGGAGGCACUAUGCAAUUCGCUGACAGUCGAGACUGUGUCAGACGUCUUCGUACUGGCGGAUCUACACAGCGCCGAUCAACUAAAAACACACGCUAUCGACUUUAUAAAUAGCCACGCGACAGAUGUAAUGGAUACGAAUGGCUGGAAGGAGAUGGUCGUCAACCACCCCCACCUCGUCGCCGAGGCAUUCAGGGCCCUCGCCUCUCAACAAAGCCCGCCCCCAGAAAGACCAAAGAAGAGAGUCAAAAUCACGUGAUUGGCUGAUUUGAUUGAUU